UAAACCCUAGGCAUAUACGAUCGACUUCUUCUGACCGGAGAGAAAGUUCAGGAAUCCAAAUAGAGAGUUGAAGAUGAGUUUAGUUGCAGGUUCAUACGAGCGGUUCAUAUGGGGAUUCAAGCUCAAAACCCUAAAGAAAUCUCAAGAACUAACCUUAACUCCGAUAUUCUCCUUUCCCUCCCACCUUUCCGCCAUUAAAUCAGUCGCCGUCUCCGGUACUGUUGCAGCCUCCGGUGGUUCUGACGACUCCGUUAAAAUCUACGACCUUGCCGCCUGCACUGAGAUUGGAUCACUAGCAGAUCAUUCCGCCACUGUCACCGCCCUCUCAUUCUACACACCUCCUUCUAUUGGUUUCCCACGUAACCUCAUCACCGCAUCCGAGGACGGCGCCGUAUGUAUUUACGAUGCCGAUCCGUUCGUCCACCUCAAGACUAUUAAGGCGCACAAAAAGGGAAUUAAUGAUCUUUCUGUUCAUCCUUCAGGAAAGUUAGCCUUGACUGUAGGGAGAGAUGCAUGCUUGUCGAUGAUGAAUUUGGUGAGAGGUAGGCGUAGCUUCUAUUGUAGGAUGGGGAAGGAAGCUUCAAUUGUUAGGUAUAACUUUAGUGGAGAUAAAUUCUUCAUGGUAACGGAUGAGAAGAUUUCAGUUCAUGAAUCGGAGGAUGCUAGGUUAAGCUUGGAAUUGGAUAGUCAAAAGAAGGUUCUUUGUGCAUCUCCAGGCAUGGGUGGGCUUUUGUUUACUGGUGGUGAAGACCGUGGCAUAAAAGCAUGGGAUACUAGUAGUGGAAAGAUGGCUUAUUGCAUUGAAGAUGCACAUUCAGCUCGUGUUAAAGGGAUUGUUGUACUUACUGGUGGUGAAACUGCUGCUGAGGAUGAUGAUCUUCCUUAUUUGAUUGCAUCUGCAUCAUCUGAUGGUGUUGUACGAGUCUGGGAUGUAAGAAUGACUGCCAACAAUGAGAAAUCAACUCCAUUGGCUGAAGCCAGUACGAAAUCAAGGCUAACAUGUUUGGCAGGAUCCACUCUCAAAUCUUUGAAACAGACACGACCCAAAAACAGUGAUGCCAAGAAUGAUGAAGAUGAUGCUAUGGUGGAAGAUUUGUAAGUCAAGUUCUGAAUACUUGGGGUUGGUUGGUUCAUGCCCUACACAGUUUUGAUGUUCAAUUCUUUUCCUUUUUUGUAUAUUGUUAAUUUGGAUUGGAGUGUGGUGCCUUAUCAGAUUAUCUUUAGUUACAAUGGGUUAGAAAUCGAUGUUGCUAAAUGUUUGUCUUUUCGAACUCACUUGGAUGGAAAUUCUCACUUAUGGUUGGAAUCUAACAACUCCAUUUGUUAGGAGGGGAAUUUAAAUAUGAGUAAGUUUAAUGAAAUUCUAUUCACAUUUGUUAUGAUUAUGCACAAGUAUAUUAUUAUUUUUGUAGAG